UGCCACGGGCCUCAGCUCUCCUUCCCUUUUUCCUCUAAGGAUGACCCAGAAGGAGAACGCCUACCCCUGGCCCUACGGCCGGCAAACGGCUCAGUCUGGCCUGAACACCCUGCCACAGAGAGUCCUCCGGAAGGAGACUACCACCCCAUCUUCGCUUAUCCUCAUGAGCCGUUCCAAUGCGCAGACCCCAGCUGCCGCUGGCCAGAACAGCAGUGGGACACCCAACUUAAUGCGGUCCUUCACAAUUGAUGACUUUGAGAUUGGCCGUCCUCUGGGCAAAGGCAAGUUUGGAAAUGUGUACUUGGCUCGGGAGAAGAAAAGCCGUUUCAUCGUGGCGCUCAAGGUCCUCUUCAAGUCUCAGAUAGAGAAGGAGGGUGUGGAGCAUCAGCUUCGCAGGGAGAUCGAAAUCCAGGCCCAUCUGCAGCAUCCCAACAUCUUGCGUCUCUACAACUAUUUCUAUGACCGGCGAAGGAUCUACUUGAUUCUGGAGUAUGCCCCCCGCGGGGAGCUCUACAAGGAGCUGCAGAAGAGCCGCACUUUUGACCAGCAUCGAACAGCCACGAUCAUGGAGGAACUGGCAGAUGCUUUGAUGUACUGCCACAAGAAGAAGGUGAUUCACAGAGACAUCAAGCCAGAGAAUCUGCUGUUGGGGCUCCAGGGAGAGCUGAAGAUUGCUGACUUUGGCUGGUCUGUACACGCCCCCUCCCUGAGGAGGAAGACAAUGUGUGGCACCCUGGACUACCUGCCUCCAGAGAUGAUUGAGGGGCGCACGCACAAUGAGAAGGUGGAUCUAUGGUGCAUUGGAGUACUCUGCUACGAGCUGCUGGUGGGAAACCCUCCCUUUGAGAGUUCUUCACACAAUGAAACUUAUCGGCGCAUAGUCAAGGUGGACCUGAAGUUCCCCACUUCUGUGCCUGUGGGAGCCCAGGACCUCAUCUCCAAGCUGCUCAAACAUAACCCCUCAGAACGUCUGCCCCUGGCCCAGGUCUCAGCUCACCCUUGGGUUCGGGCCCACUCUCGGAGGGUGCUGCCACCCUCGGCCCUUCAGUCUGUCCCCUGAAUCGUCCCUGUCAUUUACUCAGUUACAUCUGUAUUUAUAUAUCUGUGUAUG